GCUUCUAGUGUCGGUAACGCUGGCUCAACUGGAAUGCGAACCGAGAGUAGUCGCUCUGCCGUUCUCGGCGAAGGUCUGGCGCGCUGCCUUAUCAGUCAGGGCCAUCUUUUGCCGUUGCCUGGUCACAUUUGCCCAAUAUACUGGGCCUGGGAUCAUGCACUCCAACUGAAUCCUUUGCCAGACCUUCUGGUCGUCGUGGAACCGGAUGCUGUGGCCCAGAUCCCAGAAUUUGCAUCAGUCGGUAACCGCUUGACUUCCUCGCCCGAAUGGGCAGCCGGCUGUUGUCUCGUCAAUCCAGGUCGUUUCGGACGCCGACUGGUAAAGUCGCACCGACCUGAUAUUGCAGUUGAUGUUGAAACUGACGAUGAUCGGACUAAUAGUGCGUCUGUUGAGUACUCCUUUAAGGUUUUCUAUCCAUAUUCGGGAUUGGUGGAGAAUAGUCGGCUGCCGGACUAA